AUGCGCAAUUCCGCAGGGCGGUACAUUGUGCGUCUUCCGAGAGCUGAAGAUUCCGAAAAGGUUCUCGGAGAAUCAAGGUCGAUUGCCGAUCGUCGCUUCCUGAGCUUGGAACGGCGAUUAGAUAGAGAUCCUGCUACCAAGGACUCAUACCAUCGAUUCAUGGAGGAGUAUCUUCAGCUUGGUCACAUGCAGGAAGUACCAGAGCCUGUAGAUGAUCGAAUUGAACACUCCUACAUCCCCCACCACGUCAUCUUCAAGGAAUCCAGCACUACCACGAAGGUCAGGGUAGUUUUCGACGCGUCAUGCAAGACCUCGUCCGGCUAUUCUUUGAACGACACGCUCCUUGUUGGACCAGUCGUCCAGCAAGACCUCUACUCCAUCUACACGAGAUUCCGCACAAAACGCAUUGCCAUAGUAGCAGACGUCGAGAAGAUGUACAGGCAGGUAUUACAUCAUCCCGACGAUCGCCGUCUCCUUCGUAUCAGCUAUCGCAGAUGUCCAUCCGAUCCGAUCGCUACGUUCGAACUACAGACCGUGACAUACGGUACGGCUAGCACACCGUUCCUUGCAACGAAGACACUCCAGCAGAUUGCCAUCGACCAGGCGGAGUUCUAUCCUGCUGCUGUCGACCCAGUGGUGGAAGAUUUCUACGUCGAUGAUCUGUUGUCCGGCGCAUCUGACGUGGAAUCCGCCAAAACACUUCGCCUUCAAGUCACUGCCAUGCUGGGUUCCGCUGGAUUUCUGCUGAAGAAAUGGGCGUCGAACACUCCAGAAGUCCUCCAGGAUGUUCCGCCAGAAGAUCUGGCCAUCCAACCUCUCCACGAUCUGCAGGAUGAGCAGAUAAUCUCCACGCUCGGCCUAUUGUGGGAUCCAAAGGCCGACAACCUUCGAUUCAAGGUAGAACUACCUCUCCCGGCGGCCAUCCUUAUCAAGCGGAAGCGUCUAUGGGCAUUGAAGCAUGACGGUGUUCUCUGCGAGUGGGAUUCUCCAUUGCCGGAUCAGCUGCAACACGAGUGGAAGCAGUUCCAUACCACGCUUCACAUUCUAGCUACAGUCCAAGUUCCUCGCUUCGUGUUUUCGUCAGUCGGUGCUACUAUCCAGCUUCAUUUCUUCGCCGAUGCGUCCUCCGUUGCAUAUGGAGCUUGCUGCUUCGUCCGCACGGAAUCGGCGGAAGGUAUACGAGUCCAGCUGUUGACAUCGAAGUCAAAAGUCGCGCCGCUAUCCACGCACCACUCCAUCGCAAGACUAGAGCUCUGUGCAGCACAUCUGGCAACUCAGCUCUUCAAGAAGGUGGAUGCCUCGCUGAAGACCACCACCACCGCCUAUUUCUGGUCCGAUUCCAGCACCGUACUUCAAUGGCUGCGUGCCGUUCCAACCCGCUGGAAAACAUUUGUCGCUAACCGCGUGUCGAAGAUCCAGGCCACCACAAGUAUAGACCACUGGAGGCACAUAGCUGGUUCCGAAAAUCCUGCCGACGAUAUUUCGCGCGGCCUCAAUCCUCCGGACAUCAAUUGUUCCCGUUGGUGGCACGCCCCUUUUUGGCUCGCACUGUCAAGUGAAUAUUGGCCUAAGACCGUCAUCGACCAGGAGAACUCCCCUGCAGCGUCCGCAGUAGGGUGCAAAGCACCGAUUGUGGCAAUGACCGCCGCAUUAUCAGAUUUCUGUGGAGAUCUUUUUUCUCGUUACUCUCGCUACAACAAGUUACGUCGUGUGGUUGCAUUUUGCGGCCGCUACACCCAGAGUUUGGAGGAGCGCAAAGAGUUGCGCAGUUCCGGAUCAUCUCUUCCUCCGUUGGUCAUUAGUAGCCAAUUCAUUUCAUCGUCUAUCGUACCACUCACCACUUCCGAGCUCCAGCACGCUGAUUACCUGCUCUGCCGUUUAGCGCAGAAGGAAACAUUCGCUGAGAAGCUGUCGGAUCUCUCGAAUGGCAAACGUGUUGCCAAAUCAUCAUCACUAAAGUGGAGGAAACCGUUCGUGGAUGAAGACGGUACUCUUCGCGUCGGUGGACGCCUACUCCAGCAGAGCACAGCCGAUCUGCCGGUAUCGCGAGUGUCGCCGACGCGUCCGUUCUCCGUUUGCGGUGUCGACUAUUGUGGACCAUUUUACGUGAAGUCAGCAGUACGAACCCGUGGCCCCACGAAAGUCUACGUGGCCAUAUUCGUUUGUUUCUCGACCAAGGCGGUCCACAUCGAGCUAGUGAGCGAUUUAUCGACUCCAGCGUUCCUAGCUGCACUCCGUCGUUUAGUCGCCCGCAGAGGAAGGAUCGUCGAACUCCAUUCGGACAACGCCACUACCUUCAAAGGAGCUUCGCAUGCACUCAACCGAGUCUAUCGCAUGUUGAAGACUGAAGCCGCCGAUCGAAACCAAAAUUUUGACUGGUGUUCCGGAAACGAAAUCACCUGGAAGUUUAUUCCACCACGAGCACCACACUUCGGAGGCCUCUGGGAGGCUGCAGUCAAAUCGGCGAAGCAUCAUCUGCUGAAGGUAAUCGGGAACGUCAACCUUGCCUACGAGGAUCUAUUGACCUUGUUGGCACAAGUCGAGAUGUGCCUGAAUUCUCGGCCCCUGACACCCAUACCGGAGGACCCAACCGACCUAGACGUCCUGACUCCCGGACACUUCCUUGUCGGAAGCAACCUCCAAGCGGUUCCGGAAUCCAACUGCAAGGAUACCGCCGACAACCGUUUGGACCACUGGGAUCGAACCCAGAAGCAUCUGCAGCAGAUCUGGUCCCGCUGGUACCCCGAGUACUUGCAACAACUGCAGUCCCGUGCAACUAAAGGUUGCAAUCCGCCCGUCACCAUCGAGGUGGGCGCCAUCGUCAUCAUCAAGGAGGACAACGUUCCGCCAGCAAACUGGCCACUGGGAAAAAUGUCAAGGAAAGGAUGGCAUCGUCCGUGUGGUGACCCUCAAGACAGCGAACGCCAACGAGGUGGUGCGCGCCGUAGCUCGCAUUGCACUGCUUCCGACACCGAGAACAACGUAACAGAAACCAGGUAG